AUGGCGUAAUAAAGAAUAUUCAUUACUGGAGUGACAGGAUAUUUAGGUUCCCAUCUAGCUAAAGCUAUUUCUACCUAAAUCCCUAACACUUUCAUUAUGGGUACAACUAAAUCAAUAUAGAAUACUUAAAAAAUAUCAGAGUUCAGAUAGGUUUUUCAGCCUAAUUAAGUUGAGUUAAUAGAUGCAGAUAUGUUUAAGAGUAGGGAUUGUUUUAUAAGAAAUAAUGUGCUGGAGAAAAUUGAUAUGGUUGUUCACACAGCUGCACCAUUAAUAUAAACAUCAAGCAAAGGCUAGUAGGAAGAAUAGAUAAAGAUGUACUUAGAAUCAACUUAGAAUCUGAUUGAAUCAGCAAUAAGAAAUAAGGUAAAGAAGUUUGUUUUUAUUGGAGCUGCUAGCUCUGUGAUUGGAUAGCAUCCAGUAAAAGACAAAGGUUUUAUUUACAAUGAUCCAAACGUUUGGGUUGAGCCAAAAACAAUUGUUAAACCUAAUGAAAGAGCUAAAAUACUUUCUGAGAAAAUAUGUUGGAAUGCCAUUAGGAAGUAAGAUCCCUCUAAUUCAAAUCAAACAUAAUUGAUCUCUCUACUUCCUUAUUUCAUGACUGGACCACCCCUUUAUAAAUCAAUUAUAGAUGAAAAUUCUAGCUGCUAGGCGAUUGCAUCAAUUUUAAAUAAUUCUUAGUAUGGGUUUCCAGAAGUGUAAUUGCCUAUAGUGGAUGUAAGAGAUGUCGUUUAAGCUCAUUUAUCUUUGAUAAAAUAUGAUCCUUUAAAAUAAAUGAGUGGCAGAUUUCUAGUAUCUAGUGAAAGCAAAUGGUUCUCAGAGAUUAUUGAGGUUCUUAAAAGUGAUAGGAAAGUUCAUGGAAAGAAAAUUAAGACAAGAAUUCUAGGAAACUUUACUUUGAGUUUUGGAAGGAUAAUCAAUCCUGAAAUCAGCCACUUAAUGCCAUUCGUGGACUAACCUAUUCAUAUAGACGGGUCAGAAUUUUCAAGGGUUUUUAAUAUUAAAUAUCGCUCAGCCGAGUAAUCAAUAAAGGAAAUGGCCAUCGAGAUUGUAAAUAUGUAGAAAUAAAAAUGA